GUCAAGCUUUCCUGUUGCCUGUCACUUGUCUUUCUAUGGUCGUCGGCAGCGUUUUACAAUUCGUUUGUGACUAUUAGUGACUAAACUUGAUUAUAAGUGUGAAUUUUCGGGCCCAGUUUAAGGACGACACCAGUAAACCAAAUCGUUGUUAAAACAUCGAUAAAUGGCCAAGUCUGCAGCAGAUCCAGAAGUGGAUCCAAAGGAUAAGAAGAAAGAAAGGGGACGCGAUCGCAAAAAACGAUCUAACUCGGGCUCAACUAGCAGCGACGACUCUCGCAGCAGUUCUACCGAUAGUAGUUCAAGCAGUUCGAAAUCCUCGAGCAGUUCCAGUUCAGCUUCAUCGUCACGCUCAAGCAGUUCUAGUUCAGAUUCAUCCAGCUCUUCAAGUGAUCAUGACAGAACUAGACCAAAACGGAGGUCUAGUCCUAAGAAAUUAAAGCAACGCAGCAAAAGCCAAAGUAAAGACGGCAAGGAGAAAGUGAAAGACACGAAAGAAAAGAGGGGUGAAAAAACGGAUGUUAAAAAAGAUGAGAAAGAAAAGGACAGGAAAGGUUCCCCAGCUAAAGACAGGGAACGGACGGAUCGAGACAAGGAUGGAAAAGAUGCACGGAAUAGAUCCAGGUCAAGGUCUCCACGAAAGCGGCGUAAAAGAUCUCCUACUCCACGUCCAACCAAAAUACACAUCGGGCAUUUAACGAGAACCGUCAACAAGGACCAUAUUGUCGAAAUUUUCGGAACGUAUGGUACGAUCAAGCAUGUGGAAUUUCCGAAGGAUAGAAAUCAUUCGAAUCUCGGAAGCGGAUACUGCUACGUCGAAUAUAGCAAUCCAGAUGAAGCCGAAAACGCCAUGAAGCAUAUGGAUGGUGGUCAAGUUGAUGGACAGGAAAUAACAGCCGCUCCUGUUUUAAUUCCCAGGCCAAGACCACCCAUGCCAAGACGAUCUCCGCCUUUACCACCCAGACGACCAAACUAUCGUCGAUCUUCUCCAAGGUUCCGCAGACGCUCCCCACCGAGACGAAUGAGAAGCCCACCAAGAAGGCGCCCGGUGCAUUCGCGCAGCCCACCGGCUAGAAGGAGGAAGAGAUCGACAUCAAGCAGUUCCCGAUAAGAAAUUUCACUCAAGUUCAAGAAAAAUAGACCGUUUAUAAAAAUGGUUCGUUUAGCAUGAACCACGUCUAUUUUCUUAGUUACGCCUGUCAUCUCAUUUGACGGCUAUCAGCCGAUUUCAAGUGGGCAAUGAUUCCAAAUCAAGAACAAAACGUCAAAUUUACAGUAUGUCAAACCGCAUCAUCAGUUUCAAUAUUAUUGCAAUUAAGGUAUAAACAUAAUUGAAUAAUUCGUUACAAAACUAUAUAUAUAAAUAAUUAGGCGGUCAUGUUGUUGCAUCUGUUCUGGCAAUAAACCUCACCCAUUCCCGUUCUUAGUUUGGCUAGCAAAUAGUUAAAAUUGGCUUUUCCUUAGCAGCCUUCGAAUUCAGCCUGCCUAUGUUCGCUUUAUUGGCUUUGGCUUUCUUCGUUGUCGACUUUUCCGGUGCGCCCAACGGAACUAGCUUUAUUCGAUCCAAUGUUUUAUAAAAUGCUAGCACGUCCGGAUUUGCCCACACUUGGUUUGAUCUGUAAAUUUCACUAUAAUAAACACUUCAAUGAGUGUGAAA